AUGCGGUUCCUCUCAAUCGCUCUCACAACGACGCUCUCUCGCCUUGCAACAGCCUCGUUGCAAGUCGUGCCGGGAAGUACAUGGACAACUCCCGACGGCGAACACCUCCAAGCGCAUGGGGCGGGUCUCUUCCAAGAAAAUGGCACAUACUACAUAAUCGGCGAGGACAAGAGCGGCGGUGGCCAGUUUUCCAACGUCAAUUGCUACUCCUCGACGGACCUCGUCCAGUGGACCUUUGCUGGCGCCCUCUUGUCCCGAACCAGCUCUGGCGAUCUCGGACCCAACCGUGUGGUAGAAAGACCCAAGGUGAUCUACAAUGACAAAACCCAGAAGUAUGUGCUUUGGAUGCACAUGGACAGUAGUAGCUACGGCGAAGCAAAGGUCGCUGUGGCGACUGGGGAUUCCGUGUGUGGGAAGUACGAGUACAUCCGAAGCUUUCAACCGUUAGGAAGGGAGAGUCGCGAUAUGGGAUUGUUCAAGGAUGAUGAUGGCAAGGGUUACCUGCUAACCGAGGACCGAAACUACGGCCUCCGCAUCGUUGCUCUCUCAGAUGACUUCCUAAGUCCUACGACCAACGUCUUUGGGUGGCAGCUAGAAGGCGGCAACCGUGUCGAGGCACCAGCUAUGAUCAAGCUGGGCAAUACGUACUACAUGUUCGCGUCCAUGAUGACUGGAUGGGACGCAAAUGACAACCAGUACACGACGUCAACUUCUCUCAGUUCUGGCUGGUCUGGGUGGAAGAAAUUCGCAGAUAGUGGGACAAAUACCUAUGAUUCACAAACAACUUAUAUUCUCAAGACCAGCGAGAGCACCGCGAUCUAUAUGGGAGAUAGGUGGGUCUCAGACAAUCUAAUGGCGAGCACGUACGUGUGGCUCCCAUUGGACAUCAGGGGAACCAGCGUCACCAUGAAGAAUUUUGUGAGCUGGGUUCCAACGUCGAAUCCCGCGUCGUGGCAGAACCCGCCAGCCGAGAACAGCUACGAGGGCGAACGAGCAACCUACGGCGGUCAGGCAAGGGACGUCAGCUGCUCCGCGUGCUCGAACGGGGUUGCCGCCGGAUACAUCGGGGGACCUGACAAGGGCAGUGUCACCUUUAGUGGCAUUAAGAGCGAUAUUGACGGGUUGACAACUAUUCGGAUCAAGUUCCUCAACGGAGACAGUAGCCCGCGCUACGCGAAUGUGAAGGUCAACGGGGAUGGCGGAAAGAGAGUGGCCUUCUUACCGGCUACUGGGAAUCCGGCAAGCAGCACGCUCCACGCUCAGCUGAAGAAGGGAUCGGAUAAUACGAUUGUCAUUGAGGGGGAUGGGACUACUUGGGGUCCCGAUGUUGACCGCUUGAUGGUGCCGGUUCAGUAG